AUGACAGCUGGGAUUGACACCAGAGCCCCCAACGACCCUCAUGUGGAGGAUAAAGCGCCUCCUCGGUCAGUGUGCAGUGAGAGUUGUCCUCCAGGUACCCGCAUGGCCAGAAAGAAGGGGGAACCUGAGUGUUGUUUUGACUGUGUCCCUUGUUCUGAGGGAAAGAUCAGCAAUACAACUGACUCCAUGGAGUGCACCCGUUGUCCAGAAGAUUUCUGGUCCAGCCCCCAGCGUGACCACUGUGUUCCUAAGAAAACAGACUUCCUCUCCUACCAUGAGCCUCUGGGUAUCUGCUUGACAACCACCUCACUGUUGGGCACAUGUAUCUGUGUUGUUGUUCUGGGCAUCUUCAUCCAUCAUCACAGCACACCUAUAGUUCGUGCCAACAAUUCAGAACUCAGUUUUCUUCUCUUGGUGUCACUUAAGUUCUGUUUCCUCUGUUCAUUGCUCUUCAUUGGACGACCCAGAUUAUGGACUUGCCAACUAAGACAUGCAGCAUUUGGCAUCAGCUUUGUGCUUUGUGUCUCAUGUAUCCUGGUGAAAACCAUGGUGGUUCUUGCUGUGUUCAGGGCCUCCAAACCAGGAGGUGAGUCCAGUCUCAAGUGGUUUGGUGCUGUGCAGCAGAGAGGUUCAGUUCUGGUUCUGACUUCUGUUCAAGCAGCAAUCUGCACUGUCUGGCUUGUCUCUGCUUCACCAGUGCCUCAUAAAAACACCCAGUAUCACAGUGACAAGAUAGUUUAUGAGUGUGCAGUUGGGUCCACAGUUGGUUUUGCAGUUUUACUUGGUUAUAUUGGUUUACUGGCUGUCCUCAGUUGUUUGUUAGCUUUUCUAGCAAAAAAUCUUCCAGACAGUUUCAAUGAGGCCAAACUCAUCACUUUCAGCAUGUUGAUCUUCUGCGCAGUGUGGGUGGCCUUUGUCCCUGCUUACAUCAGCUCACCAGGCAAAUAUGCAGAUGCAGUGGAGGUAUUUGCCAUCCUGGCCUCCAGUUUUGGCCUGUUGGUGGCGCUGUUUGGACCCAAAUGUUACAUAAUCCUGUUCAGACCAGAGAGAAACACAAAGAAAGCCAUCAUGGGUCGUGGCAUUGGGUCAUAG